UUAACCCCAAUGGAACUGGGAUCCAACUGGGACCAAACCAGUUCCAUACUGGUCCUUACUGGUUUAUACUGGUGCAGAUGCAGUGGCUGCCGGGCUGCUCGUGCCCCCUGUGCCCCGAGUGCUUCCGGCUGCACUUCACGGUGGGGCUGCGGGAGAGGGGGGUGGGCGCCCUGGGCUGCCCCAGCUGCGGCCGGCCCGACCUGCGCGACGACGCCCAGCGCCUCUGGUACUGGUCCACGCUGGAGCCCGCGUGCUCCUUCGGGUUCAUCUUCGAGGCCGAGCGCGGCCCGGCCCAGUGUCCCCAGUGCCACCAGUGCUGCUGCCCCCGCUGCCAGCUGCCGGUACUG